GCGGUUCUCACCCCGAGUAGUGCGCUCUCGCAAAACCCUCGCCGCCGCCUCCCACUCCCGAAGCCGAGACCCUCCCUCCUCCGCUCCUCUCCAGUCUCCACCACCACCCACCGCCGCUAUGGAUGCCUCGCCGGCCCCCGACGCAGCCCCCGCAUCCUCCUCCUCCUCCGCCGCUGCGGAAGAUCUGGCCGGUGGCGUGGCGGCGCUGAGCCUUGAGGAGCGGUUCGCGACGCUGCGGGGGAUUGGGGAGGAGUGCAUCCAGGAGGACGAGCUCCUGCGCCUUCUGCAAAACAAGCCAUUCCCCAUCUGCUACGACGGCUUCGAGCCAUCCGGACGCAUGCACAUCGCGCAGGGCAUUGUUAAGACCAUCAACGUCAACAAGAUGGUAAGGGCUGGAUGCAAGGUGAAAAUCUGGAUAGCGGACUGGUUCGCGCAGCUCAACAACAAGAUGGGUGGUGACCUAAAGAAGAUCCAGACCGUCGGUCGCUACAUGAUUGAGAUUUGGAAGGCAGCUGGUAUGAACCUUGAUGGCGUGGAGUUUCUGUGGUCCUCAGAAGAGAUCAACAAGCGCGCAAAUGAGUACUGGCCACUUGUGAUGGACAUUGCCAGGAAAAAUAACGUGAAAAGGAUAACGAGGUGCUGCCAAAUCAUGGGGCGAAGUGAUCAAGAGGAAUUGACUGCUGCCCAGAUUUUCUACCCUUGUAUGCAGUGUGCUGAUAUAUUCUUCUUGAAGGCAGACAUAUGCCAGUUGGGGAUGGACCAAAGGAAGGUCAAUAUGCUUGCUAGGGAGUACUGCGAUGACAUCAAAAGGAAGAACAAACCAAUUAUUCUGUCACAUCAUAUGCUGCCUGGUUUUAAAGAAGGCCAGGAGAAGAUGUCAAAGAGUGAUCCAUCCUCAGCUAUCUUUAUGGAAGAUGAUGAGGCCCAGGUGAAUGUGAAGAUAAAGCAAGCUUUCUGCCCUCCCAAAAUUGUUGAGGGAAACCCAUGCUUGGAGUACAUCAAGUACAUUGUUUUCCCUUGGUUUGGAAAAUUUGAAGUGGUUCGUAAGGAAAGUAAUGGUGGUAACAAGACAUUUGCAAACAUGGAUGAACUAAUUGCUGAUUAUGAGGGUGGUGCUUUGCAUCCUGCUGAUGUGAAACCUGCGCUGGCAAAAGCAAUAAAUGAAAUAUUGCAGCCUGUUCGUGAUCACUUCAACAACAACAACGAAGCCAAAGUUCUGCUUAACACUGUUAAGAAGUACAGAGUAACCAAUUAAGGAGUGGAAGUGCAACGUUUUUUUUUGGGGGAAUUCCGACCGGCUGCGAUUUUGAAUGCUGAUCCAACUCAUGGCACUACAGACCCCCCCCCCCCCCUCUUUAGCUUAUGCGUUGCUCAUUGUACAAUCUCUGAUACAGCAUUGCAUUAUGGUGGCAGGGGCCUUGUCAUUGGCCAUCACAUAGUAGCAAAUUUUUUGACAUGAUCCUAAAAUUUACCGUUGCAUGAACUGGUGGAGUUUAAAAGCAAGUGUUUGGAUGUAUAUCACGAGGUUCAGCCCAAACAGCGAUGCAUCGGAUAAAAGAUGUUGCUUGCUUCGGUUAACA